AUGGCCGUACGGUCGCUACGGCGUACGAAUCCCAUCACUUUCGUGCUAGCAUGUGCCCUCGCCAUCGGUUUCCUUCUUUUUAUCUUCUCUCCAAGCUCUUCUGGAGCGGUGACGUCUGCUCAAAGACAGAAUGAUGCAGCCCAGGACCCUCUAUCGCCUCCGACGAAACCAUUUCAGAAGAAGCAGCUUUUCAAGUCGAACGGUCGCCGCGUCCCCCCUCCGGUUGUCAACUAUAAUCUGAACAAUGUGACAACGACAAUGAACUCGGCGGAAAGACAUGAAAGGGUGCUGAUACUGACUCCGCUGGCUCGGUUCUACCCUCAAUAUUGGGAGAAUCUGGAGAAGUUGUCCUACCCGCAUCAGUAUAUUUCGCUAGGGUUUAUUAUUCCAAAAACGAAGGAAGGGAACGCGGCAACAUCCGCUCUACAAAAGGCUAUCACGAAGACCCAAUCCGGCCCUAUGGAUGAUAGAUUUGCGAGUAUUACGAUUUUACGGCAAGACUUUGACCCUCCCAUCCUGUCUCAGGACGAGAAGGAACGGCAUAAGCUUGCAAAUCAAAAGAUCCGUCGGGAAGCAAUGGCACGGGCCAGAAAUAGCUUGCUAUUCACGACUUUGGGCCCUAGCACUUCCUGGGUCCUAUGGCUGGAUUCCGAUAUCGUGGAGACGCCACCAGCUCUUAUCCAGGAUCUCACAAGGCACAAUAAGCCCGUCCUCGUACCGAACUGCUACCAGCGCUAUAUGAACACGGAGACAAAGCGAAUGGACAUCCGCCCUUAUGAUUAUAAUUCGUGA